AUGUCUUCAACAACAGAAAGCAAGUACAGAAAUCCAUCACUCACAGUUGAUGCGAUCGUUCCGAUCAAAACAAAUGAAGGGUUUCAAGUUUGUUUAAUUACCAGAGGAAGAGAUCCUCACAAAGGAUCUUUGGCAUUUCCUGGUGGCUUUGUUGAUUAUAUGGAAGAUCCGGAAGUUGCUGUUAUUAGAGAACUUGAUGAAGAAACACACUUGAAAGGAACACAAAUUAAAUUAAUUUGCGUAGCAGGAAAACCAAAUCGUGACCCAAGAAGACAUACCGUCUCUAUAGUUUAUGCUAUUAAAUUAGAUGGUCCUAAUGCCUUAUUCUCCCUGCAGGCUGAUGACGACGCUCAAAAUGUGGGCUUUUUCAAGAUGAAUGAAUUGAUUUCAAAGGCUCAUCCAUUAGCUUUUGAUCAUCAGGAAAUAUUUGAAAAGUUUAGUGAAUGGUUCGAAAAGGAGGGAAUUACUGAAAAUUUCUACUAUACCUUGAGUAAGGAAGAAGAGGAACAUUUGAAUAAGAAAUAA